UCUGUAAAUCAAGGAUAUUCAGAGGAACGCGGAGGGCCAUGGAAGACAUGGAAGAGGGCAAAGAGCUUCGCAGAAGAAGCAGCGAAGAGAUCCCAGACCCUUACGAACUCCGUCACCAUAUCCGACCUUGGCUCCGAGACCGCCAAGAAAUCCAAGGAGCUAACCGCCGAGGCCUCCAAGAGGGCCGUUCAGAAUAAGACCGCGGCGCUCAAGCAGGCCGAUGAGAUCCAGUUCAAAUCCCUCUCCCUCCCCGACAUCAUCCCCUCUCAGCUCUCCUCACUCUCCGUCUCCGCUUCCUCGGUUUCCGCCGUGUACUCCCAGUCGGAGCUCCGGAAGUUCGAGGUCACCGACGAUGUGCACGAGUUCGUCAGGGGACUCACUUCUACCACAUUCCUGAAUUUUCCAAUCCAAGAGGAAGCAGAGGCGUCUGAUGUGGCUACGACGGCGUCGAACGUGAGGAAAGAUCUGACGGAGUGGCAGGAGAAGCAUGCUACUAUGGUUCUUUCUACUGUUAAGGAAAUUUCAAGAUUAAGGUAUGAAUUAUGCCCGCGAGUUAUGAAAGAGAGAAGAUUCUGGAGAAUAUAUUUCACACUUGUGAGCAGCCAUGUCACAUGUGGCUCCAAGCAAUACAUGGAGAAGGCUAAGCUCAAAGCAGCAGAGGACAUAAAAGACGAUAAAAUGAAUAAAAAUUCUGUAGAAAAUGUGAAAGCUGAAGGGAUGGAGAAGAACUCAAAGGGUAAAGCUACCAAUUCAUCAUCAGCUGAGCAGGACUUGGACACGUUUCUCUUGGGAGAUCUUGAUGACAGUGAUGGGGGUCCAGAUGAGGAGGGUGGGGGGAGCUUGGAUGACGAUUUUGACAAGAUUGACAAUUCAGACAUUGAAGAUGAGAAGCAGGUGAAGAAAAAUGCAGAUGUGAAAGUUUAGAGCACUGCCAAUUCCGAGGGCAAUAUGGAGUAAAUGCCAAGAGUUGCUUUUGUAACUAAAAGUAAUGCCUCGCAGCCUGCCACGUAUGAAAUUUAAUAUUGUGAUCUCAUGGGGAUGCAGUUUCUAUAUCAUAUACGGGAUGGCAAAUUUGAAUUAGAAGUUAGUUAGUAUGUU